AUGUCUUUAGUUCACCUCCAUCAUCCUUCCCAAGUCCCUACUUACCCUCCAUCUUCCCUCCCACGUCUCUACUUCCCCUCCAUCAUCCGUCCAACGUAUCUACUUCCCCUCCAUCUUCCCUCCCUCGUCCCUACUUCCUCUCCAUCCUCUCUCCCUCUUGUCUACUUCCCUCCAUCAGCCCUCACACGUCUCUACUUCCCCUCCAUCCUCGCUCCCAGGUCUCUACUUCCCCUCCAUCAUCCCUCCCACAUCUCUAUAUACCCUCCAUCUUCCCUCCCUUUCCUCUACUUCACCUCCACCCCUACCUCCCAAGUCUCUACUCCCCCUCCCACCCUAUCAUCCCUCCCACGUCUCUACUUCCCCUAUAUCAUCCUUCCCAAGUCUCUACUUACCCUCCAUCCCCUUUCCCACGUCUCAACUUCCACUCCCUCCUCCCUCCGACUUCUCUUCUUCCCCUCCAUCGGCGUCCCAAGUCUCUUAUUCCCCUCCAUCAUCCCUCAAACGUCUCUACUUCUAUAUCAUCCUUCCCACGUCUCUACUUCCCCUCCAUCCUCGCUCCCAGGUCUCUACUUACCCUUCAUCAUCCCUCCCUCGUCUCUACUUACCCUCUAUCCCCAUGCCUCUUCUCUUCUUCCCUUCCAUCCCCGCUCUCACGUCUCUACUUCCCCUCCAUCAUCCCUCCCACGUCUUUACUUCCCCUCCAUCUUCCCUCGUCUCUACAUCCUCUCUAUUCUCUCUCCCUCUUAUCUACUUCCUCUCCACCCUCUCUCCCUCGCGUCUACUUCCCCUCCAUCUUCCCUCCCUCGUCUCUACUUCACCUCCAUCCCCCUCCUACGUCUCUACUUCAUCUCCAUUCCCCUCCUACGUGCCUACUUACCCUCCAUCUUCCCUCUCUCGUCUCUACUUCCACUCCAUCUUCCCUCCCACGUCUCUACUUCACCUCCAUCCCCCUCCUACGUCCCUACUUACGCUCCAUCUUCCCUCCCUCGUAUCUACUUCCACUCCAUCCCCCAUCCCACGUCUCUACUUCCCCUCCAUCUUUCUUUCCCUCCUCUCUACUUCCUCACUAUUCUCUCUCCCUCUCAUCUACUUCCUCUCCAUCCCCCUCCUACGUCCCUACUUCCCCUCCAUCUUCCCUCCCUCGUCUCUACUUCACCUCCAUCUCCCUCCCACGUCUCUACUUCCCCUCCAUCAUCCGUCCCACGUCCCUACUUCCCCUCCAUCAUCCGUCCCACGUCCCUACUUCCCCUCCAUCAUCCGUCCCACGUCUCUACUUCCCCUCCAUCAUCCGUCCCACGUCUCUACUUCCCCUCCAUCAUCCGUCCCACGUCUCUACUUCCCCUCCAUCAUCCGUCCCACGUCUCUACUUCCCCUCCAUCAUCCGUCCCACGUCUCUACUUCCCCUCCAUCAUCCGUCCCACGUCUCUUCUUCCCCUCCAUCAUACCUCCCACGUCCCUACUUACCCUCCAUCAUCCCUCCCACGACCCUACUUCCCCUCCAUCUUCCCUCCCACGUCUCUACUUCCCCUCCAUCUUCCCUCCCUCAUUUUCCCUCCAUUUCCCAUUCCUUUCGACACCCGUGAAGAUCCGGGGUAG